AUGACUGACUUCUGGCAGGCGAGGGUUUAUGAUCAGAGGAACCUCAAAGGGUCACACGAAGACGUUCACGGCUACAAAUGCGGCAAUGUUGGCUCCAGCAAGUUCAAGGUCAACAGCAUCCACCUUCGUAGCAAAACGUUCUGCUACUUAUAUCAGAAGAAGGACUGCAAAGGCUCUAGGAUUUAUGUAUCGAGGGAUGUCAACGAUCUGCACCUGGACACCGUAAACUCGGUCCUUUGCGUCAAUAAUCCGAACUAG